AUGAAAAAUACAGUAAGCAAAUCAAAUAUGGUUUUUAAUAAAUCAUUUGGUUAACACAUCCUCAUAAAUCAAUAAAUUCUCUAGAUGAUCGUAGAUAAGUCUGCUAUUAGACCAACAGACAUUGUAUUAGAAAUAGGACCAGGAACAGGUAAUUUGACAGAAUUGUUAUUACAAAGAGCAAAAUAAGUUAUUUGCGUUGAAAUAGACCCUCGAAUGGUUAUAGAAUUGACUAAAAGAUUUAAGUACUCCUAAUAUUCAGAUAAAUUCAAAUUAAUCUAAGGUGAUUUUUUAACAGCAGAAUUGCCAUUUUUUGAUUUAUGUGUAGCAAAUGUCCCUUAUUAAAUAUCAUCUCCCUUGGUUUUUAAGUUGUUGGCUCAAAGACCUCUUUGGAGAUGCGCAGUUUUAAUGUUCUAAUAAGAAUUUGCAUUCAGAUUAGUUGCCAAACCUGGAAAUGAAUUAUAUUGUAGGCUAUCUGCAAAUGUUUAAAUGCUAUCAAGAGUUGAUCACUUGAUGAAAGUUGGUAAAAACAACUUUAAACCCCCUCCUAAGGUAGAAUCAUCAGUUGUAAGAAUAGAACCAAAGAAUCCUAUUCCUAAUAUUAAUUAUAUUGAAUGGGAUGGUUUGUUGAGAAUUUGUUUCAAUAGGAAGAAUAAACAAUUAUCUGCCAUCUUUAAAAACAAAUCCGUACUUAAAACUUUAGAACAUAAUUUUCAUGUAAUCGAAUAAGAAGGAAUUAAAGUGAAUGACCCUGCCAAUAAUGUCAAACAAUUAAUUUCAUCUAUUAUGGAAGAAGAGGAUGUCAAAGGAAAAGGGAAGAAGGAUAAAAAGGAUAAAAAAGAUAAAUAAAACUAAUAAAAAGGUGAGGAAUCUGAAUCAGAAGAUGAUGAAGAUAACAAUUAACAGCCAGAGAAACAAUAAACUACUUAAAAUCCAUUCAGAUUAAAGAUAAAUGAAAUAUUGAAAACAAAUGAUAUGUUCCAAAAAAGGCCAGUUAAGAUGGAUAAUGAUGAUUUUCUUUAAUUGCUUUGUGCUAUGAAUGCUCAAGGAAUUCAUUUUAAAUGA